GUAAAUGUUGAGUUUUCUGUUAAAUCCAUGUCCGCAUGGAAAUUUUUCGGUUUGUUCUGAAAUUCGGGAUUGAUUGUGAAAUUCGGGUUUUUCUGUAAACUCUGUAUGGUUUUGUCUCGGAUAUAGUCAUGAUUACUGACGCCCGCUAGUGGGAGCGGUAAACGCUAGCACAUGUCGACAUGUAUUUCUGUGGAAUCGGUUCACCCUACCAAUGGGGUUAAACACUGGUACUAUUACUAACGCCUACCAGGAGUUUGUAAACACUGGUACUUCUGAAACCCUACCAAUGGGGUUAAACAUUGGUAAUAUUACUGACGCCUGUCAAUGGAAGUUUGUAAACACUGGUACCAUUACUGAUGCCUGCCAGUGGGAGUUGUUAAACACUGGCCAUGACUUAUAGAUGAGACUACUGAUGAGUUUUAUUCUGCAUGAACGGUUUGUCAUGAAACAUUGUUAUUGAACUGAAUCUGAUUUUUGCAUUGACGGUUUUGUCAUUGAACGUUUUGCUAUCAAACCGAAUUUGAUUUCCGCAUUAACGGUUUAUCAGUGAAAGUUUUGUUAUACUUACAUGGUUUAUCUGGCAUGCUAAAAGUUUUACCUAAGGGCUAUCCAUAUUUACUUACUGAGUUAUCUCAUAGUUUUCCUUGUCCACCAUUUCAGGAAGCGAAACCGAGGACGGGGAAAUCGAGGGGAGUGACGAGUUAGAAGGCUAGCCAUUUCGAGAUUGACAUAGAUUUUAGAAAUAAAUCGUGAUAUUGUAA